CCUGAGGGGGCCCCAGCAGAACAGGGUCAGCCCAGCACUGAAGAAUUCCCACCAAGGGGGCUGUUCACCUGCCCUGGGGACUCAAAACACACAUGACAUAACCCACUUGAGCGCGUCAGCUGCCUUGCCAAGAAGUCCCAGGGCCCUGGCAUUAGACGUGGCACACUGAGCCUCUGAUGUCCCUACCCUCUUGCCAUCACCCUCUGGUCUUGCAGAAGCAUGCCCAUCUCCAAGUGCCUGAAGAAGUCAGAGCCUCCAUGGAAGGAGUGGGACCAGAAGGCUCAGAAGAAUGGACUCAGACACCAGGUGUUCGCUGUCAAUGGUGACCACUACGUGGGCGAGUGGAAGGACAACAUGAAGCAUGGGAAAGGAACACAGUUCUGGAGGAAGAGCGGAGCCAUCUACGAGGGGGAGUGGAGGUACGGGAAGCAAGAUGGCUACGGCACCCUCAGCCUUCCCGACCCGGGCACGGGCAAGUACAGGAGAGUCUACUCGGGCUGGUGGCGGAACAGCAAAAAAUCGGGUUAUGGAAUCCAGUUUUACGGACCCCAGGAGUAUUACGAGGGCGAGUGGUGCAACAACCAGCGCAACGGGUGGGGCCGCAUGUACUACAGCAACGGCGAGAUCUACGAGGGCCAGUGGUGGAACGACAAGCACCACGGAGAGGGCAUGCUGCGCCUGCGGAACGGGAACCGCUACGAGGGCUACUGGCAGAGAGGCCUGAAGAGCGGCCACGGGCGUUUCUUCCACCUGGACCAUGGUCAGCUGUUCAAAGGCUUCUGGGUGGACGAUGUGGCCAAGUGCGGCACCAUGAUCGACUUUGGCCGUGAUGAGGCGCCACAACCCACCCAGUUCCCUAUUCCUGAGCUCAAAGUUCUGGACCCCGACGGUGUGCUGGAGGAAGCCUUGGCCAUGUUCAAGAAGACAGGGCAAGAAGAGGGAGAGUAACACCAGGUGACACAGAGAUCCCUGGGGUCUCCAGAGGUUUUGUGGGUACG